AAAAUAUCUAUGAUGCCAUAUAAAUAGGUGUGAGGAAAAAAAGAUAAUCUCGAUUAGAUUUAUUUCAUCAGUAUGAUACCAAUUCACUUUGAAGUUUCAAAUUACAUGUCAACAAAAAACUCAUUACAUGAGAGGUUAAUCACUCCGGAUAGGAGUGUUCAGUCAUAUGAUAUAAAAGUACCAGUUCAAAAUGUUACUGCUUCCACAAAGUCUUCUGUGAAUACAUCAUCCAGUCGUCGAGGUCGACGUUCAACAGUUCCACUAGAAAUACGUGAUCAAGUUCGUCGAUUAAAAAAGCAGCAUACAGAACGGCAACGUCGUGCAUGUAUUUCAGACAAAAUGAAUGCAUUACAUAAUUUGGCCAUGAAGUUAAUUGGAGAGGUUCCUGUGAAACAUUCCAAAAUGGAGAAGACUGACAUCCUUGGAAUCUGUUAUACAAUAUUUGAAGGAAUAGCCAGGAUUCUGAAGGAUAGGCCAGAACUAUUAAAUCGUCUACACAAUUUAGCAUCAAGUUGUUUAGAGAUAAAAGAUAGUAAGAACACUUGUCAGUAUUCAGAUUCAAUCAGUUUACAGUCGAAUAGUUCAAUUACAUCAUCAAAAUACUCUUAUAAACAUGAAAAGAAAUCUAGACAAAAAAAUGUUUCACAUCAAUCUUUUCAAUCUGAAUUAUAUUCUUCAUCAAUUCAAGAAGUUAAUAAAAAUUUAUCACCUGUUUCAUGUCAAAAUAUAAAUGAAAUUGUAAAUUCUUGUAUAAAAAUGGAAACAAAACAAUUUUUUAAUGAAAACAAUGAAAAAUUUAAUUCUGUAUAUAAUAAAUCCUAUAAAUGUCAACCUUUUCGUUUACCAUUGAAAUAUCGUUGGUCAAAAAUAGACAAUCAUAAUAUAAUUGAUAAGUAUAAUUAUACACCUAAUGAUAUUAAAACACAUGAAAUCAAUAAUCAAUUGGAUUUUGAACAAAAAUGCGCUCAAUUCAAUGAUAAUCUUAUUUCAAGACAAUAUAGUGUUAUCAAUAAUGAUGAGAAAGAAAAUAUUCAAUAUCUUCAUAAUGAACAAAAUGUUUGGAGACCUUAUUUAAAUUAAACCUUGUAAAAUAUAUUUCAUUUCAUUCCAUUUUUGUGUACAGAAUAGAUUUAUGCUUUAUUUACUUGAUUAUCAUAAGUAUUUUUAAGAAAUGAUUUUAUUGAAUUGUACAAAACUGUUGUUAAGAUUAGAGCGGUUAAUUUAAUUUAAUUUUAUGAUUAUGUAUUUGAAAGAAGUACAAGUAUAUUUUAGUGAAAAGUCUGUUUCCAGUGAUUUCAUUUUCAAAG